AUGUCGCGUGAAGAAGGUUCUGGGGCGUCUGGCCCCCAAGCGCUUGGUCGCACAACAACACGCGUACAGCCUGAAUCAGCCUUUGACACUUCGGUUCCCGACCCCGAUAUUGUAGGGGAAAACACCCGAAGGACGCGCGCAGGUGUCACUGGGGCCGAGUUGAGAGACCGCGGAGUGGUGGAGGCAGAACAAUACAUGGCCUGGAAGCACAUGGCCGGGAAGCGGGACGAAAUGCUUUCUCCAUCCGAGGAUGGAGUCGGGACUGGGUCUUCGGUCGAUGCCCAGGUUGGAUCUUCCAAAACGAAGUCUGAAAGUAAUCUCGUUCACGACGGCGCCCCGGACGACGCCCCGAAUCGGGUUGAAGACGCUCUGGACAAGUUCGGCGUUGCCCCCGACGGGCUAAACAAUGCCGCAGACGGAUCCAACGACGGAUCCAGCGUCGCUGCGAAGGAAUCCAACGAUGUCCCGGACAGAUACUACGACGUCGCAGGCAGCUCCAACAACGCUGUGGAUGACUUUCACGACCACGUGCCGACCUCGUUAUUGACUUUAUCGGCGCACGGAGGGCCCGGCAUGGACGAGAGCAUUACUGCUCUGAACUGUAGCCCAUAUCCACCAAGUCUAUCCGAAGACACCGAUAUAACGACGACGGGUUUGGCUGGUCCUUGA